GGUGCAGGGGGCGGGACAGAGAGGGCAGAGAAUAAAAGCUGCUCACGACAACCGCAGAGAUCACAAAGUCUGAGACAGGAAGGCUUGGAAGCUGCAAGUACCUGCAAGUAUUUGUUCUGAUUACUGCAUCACCAGGAAAGAAGACAAUGGGAGACUUAGUGAAAGCUACCCAAUCAAUUACCAAGGCUCAGGAUUUCAGAGAUGACACCAAAAUAAUAAUGCAACCAUAUGCUAACUGGGAGGAGUACUUGGUACCUGCCCCAGUCUCCAUAGCCAUUCUAGGGGAGCUGGUCUUUAUUUCUUCCAAUGUAGAUUUCUCCAUUGGCCAAAAGCCUCCUUCUGGUGGGUUUCAGUACAUCAAGUACCCAGACUCAUUCCGUGCCUGUCUUAUGCAAGUGGCUAAUGCCGGAUGGGCGGCAUUCAAUACAGCUCACACAAACAUGGACCAGAUCCGUCUCCACACUGGCAACGUGCCAGUUUACAUCAAGGAGUCAGUGAAUAUAUUACUGAAGGAGGAUGAUAAGCUUGUUGAAAUUUGUCUCCCUGACCAAAUAGAACAAAUAUCUACUAUAUCAGAUGAAUGUGUAAAAUUGGCUGAUCAAGCAGAGAAAAAGUUCACCGCUGUAAUUUAUCUGAUCCAAGAACUUUUGGAAGCUUGUAUAAGUGCAAAGAAGGUAUAUGGUGAUGAUCUGGAGGCUAUCAAGCGUAAAAUUGAGGAGACAAAUAUGAGAAAAGAGGAUUCAGAGAAAGCAAAGGAAAGGGCUCAGAAAACGCUUGAGGACAUGAAUAAACGUUUAGAUGAGUCACAGAAGACUUUUGAUAAAGCAAUGGAUUCACUGCCGUCUGGGUGGGAUGUGAUUGGCAUGAACUUUGUAGAGGGACUCACUGAUGGUCUGUUAGGUAUAUUUUCACAUGCAACUAAAAGCAUGGCAGAAACACCAAAGGACAAAAAGGACCAUGACGACGUUGGCGCUAUGAGCAACGUACUUUCCAAAGCAGGGCAGAUUCUGAAACUGGCCCAGACACUGAACAGCUUCAUUGACAAACAGCAAAUUAAAUGGUCUCAUAUAUACGAUCAAAAGGAAGACAAAACAAAGACGGCGUAUGUGGGGGAACAAUAUACUCAGAUAAAAACUUCAGUGGAGAACGAGAAAGACUGUAAAGCCAAAAAGGCCGCACUCGACAUCUGCACAGACGCUAUUGAACUGUGCUCUGAGCUCUCAAAGAUCGCACCUGACGGGAAAUGCGACGCUGCCAAGACAAAGGGCUUGAUUGGAAGAAUGCAGAAGCUGUUGAAGCAGUGUCGGAAAUUAGACUGUGACAACAAGGCCUUCACAAACACUCCAGCCCUCCAACCUGAACCGCCGCAUCAAGCAAAAGAAUGUGCAGGAAAACGGUCAGGUGAGAUGGCGGUGGAGAACGCCCGUUACCGCAUAGAGGAAGCUAAAACUCAGCUGGAAAAGGCAAGAGAGAUGCAAAAAGAGAGUUUGGGAAACCUGGAGAAAAACCAGAAGGAGCUGACAGAGAUCUUAGUCAUACUGCGGGGUUGUCAAGUGAAAGAGAUUGACUUCAACACCACCAUUAAGGUACUGGUUAAGGGUCUAGAUGCGAUGGGAAGAGUGAAAGAGCAGUGGGAGAAGAUGGUCCGCUUCUUUCAGAUGAUCUCAAACAUCGUCAAAUCCUGCCUGAGUACCUCUCUGACAAAUUUUGUCAAAAAAGCUGGACAGGCAUCUCAGAAAAAGCUGCCGUAUGACACAAAGAAAUAUCUCAAAGAUGCAAUGUACCAGCAGGCCCUUGCUGCGUCGAAUGUAGCCAGCUUGGUUAACAUGAUCUCAGGGACCUACGUUGAGGUUUCUGAGAAACACCUGAUGGACAGGAUCAGCAGUCUGGGCAAACUCAUGGCUCUGGAUCCCAACAGACCAGAAUUUGAGACUGAACGCAAAAAAUUACAAGAUGCAUGUGAUGCAGCUCAAGACGCAAUAAGGGAUCUUGUGGUAACGAACAGGAAGAAAUUUGAUCUGAAGGCAAAAGAGAGAAUGGAGAAGAUUGUAAUGGAGCUACAGCCAAUGUUACCCCCAGUAUCUGAGGAGAAAAUUAAAGAGAUCAAAGAAAUAACAAAUUCUUCAUUUAAAGAAAUGAGUAAGAGGGAUGAGGAUCAGUAUGCAUAA